CACGUAUUAUGUAAAAGUUGUGUGGUCAUACGGUUAGUGAUCAUUCAAUUAUCUGUCUAGCAAUCUCCGUUCUGCCUUUGUUGGUAGCUUCAUAAACACCCAAAUUCAAAUGGGGAAUACUUUCCUCAACUUAGCUCUUCUUAUCAUCUUCCAUUUCUCUAUGCCUACUUUCUCUAUGAAAUUAACAACCAUACUUACAGAUCAGUCAGCUCUUCUAGCACUAAAAGAUCAUGUUAUUCAGGAUCCUGAAAAUGUCUUGACGACUAACUGGUCAGCCUCUGCCCCUGUUUGCAAUUGGUUUGGUGUAAGUUGUGGAUCCAAGCACCGUAGAGUCACAGCUCUAAACCUUACUAGGUUGGGACUCGUAGGCACCCUUCCACCUCACUUGGGAAAUUUGUCAUUCCUUUCUCUUCUUCAUGUCACAAACAAUAGUUUCUAUGGCGGAUUACCUGUCCAGUUAUCCAAUUUGCGACGGCUGAAAUAUGUAAGCUUUGGUAACAACUCCUUCAGUGGAGAAAUCCCAUCAUGGUUGGGAUCAUUAACUGAACUUCGAAGGUUGUUUUUGGACCAAAACAACUUCAAAGGUGUUAUUCCAUUCUCUUUAGCCUAUUUGUCAAAGCUAGAGGUCUUGUAUUUGUCUGGAAACCAGAUUUCAGGUUCAAUUCCCUCCACCAUCUUCAAUAUCUCUUCGUUGCAAGAAAUAUAUCUAAGCUACAAUAUGCUUUCUGGUUCCAUACCCUCUGUUCCACGUGAUUUGCUUUUGCUAGAAGUCAUCCAUUUCUCCUCCAAUAAUCUCACUGGUCAUAUCCCAAAAGAUAUGUUUGAUCAUCUUCCAAAUUUGAAAGGAUUGUACUGGAGUCGUAACCUGCUUUCUGGUAGAAUUCCUGCCAGUCUAUUCAAGUGCAAAGAGUUACAAAUGUUAUCUUUAGCGUAUAACCAAAUGGAGGGGAGCCUACCAAUAGAAAUUGGGAAUUUGAGUAUGCUUCAAUACAUCUAUAUUGGUCGGAACCACUUUGAUGGUGAAAUUCCUAAACAAAUUGUGAAUUUAACUCUUCUUAUGGAGUUUGAUUGUUCCCAUAGCAAUUUUACAGGUAUAAUACCACAAGAGAUUGGCAACCUAAAGAAUCUAAAUUGGUUGAAUUUACAAUUUAACAAUAUUGCUGGUUCUAUUCCUCCACAACUGUUCAAUAUUUCAACUCUAAGGAUGAUUUCUUUGGCUACAAAUCAGCUCUCUGGCCAUCUUCCAUCAAACAUGGGCCUUUUCCUUCCAAACAUGGAGGAACUAUAUCUUGGUUUCAAUCACCUUGCCGGCUCGAUCCCAAUGUAUAUUUCCAAUGCCUCUCAGCUUACUCUUCUUGACAUGUCUAGUAAUUACUUUUCAGGGUCCAUUCCUGAUAAUCUGGGAAAUCUAAGAAAUUUAAAGAUUCUCAACCUGGCGAAUAAUAAUUUAACUUCCUCAGGAAUGAGCUUUCUCUUUUCUUUGACAAACUGUAGAGUCUUGGAGAGCCUUUUUUUCGAGAUCAACUCAUUUAUUAGUGGUGAACUUCCAAGAGUGGUAGGAAAUCUCUCAAGUUCUCUUGAAGAGUUCUCUGCUUCUGCAUGCAACAUCAGGGGUAGCAUCCCCAGUGAAAUUGGAAACUUAAGUCACUUGAUAAGCCUUGAGCUAGGAGGCAAUAAAUUGAUAGGACAGAUUCCUACUACAGUUGGAGGAUUGGAAGAGUUGCAAAGUCUUUCUCUUAAGGACAAUAAGUUAGAGGGAUCCAUCCCAACUGAGUUAUGUCAUCUAAACAAAUUGGCUUUCUUGUUCUUAACCAAUAACAAAUUGUCUGGGCCAAUACCUACUUGCUUAGGUGAUCUCACUUCAUUAAGGCAACUAUUUCUAGACUCCAAUAUGUUUUCCUCUUCAAUACCGUCAACGUUGACAAGGCUUAACUAUCUCCUCAUCCUAUACUUGUCUUCAAAUUCUCUGAGUGGUCCACUGCCAAUUGACAUUGGAAAAUGGAAAGUUUUGAGUAGUUUGGAUUUGUCGAACAAUCAGUUCUCAGGUGAUAUCCCAACUGGAGUUGCAGAUCUCAAGGACCUCACUCAUUUUUCCUUAUCCAAUAAUAGAAUCACGGGUUCUAUUCCUGAGUCUUUUGAUGAAUCGUUGAGUUUGGAAUUCUUGGACUUGUCAAGAAAUAAUCUAUUUGGAGAGAUUCCCAAAUCCUUAGAGAAACUCCGUUAUCUCAAAUAUUUCAAUGUCUCUUUUAAUAGGCUUGAAGGUGAAAUUCCUGAAGGAGGAUCAUUUGAAAACUACACAAUCGAAUCAUUUAAGGGGAAUGAAGCCUUGUGUGGUGCAGCUCGGCUUCAUGUUCCAAACUGCAAAACUAGACCUCUUAGAAAUUCCAAGGCAAAAACUAAGCUCAUACUAUAUGUAGCUCUGCCAAUUGCCUCCACAAUUUUGGUUGUGGCUCUGAUUAUCAUUAUCUUGCAAAAUAGGAGGAGGAAAGACAAAUUGCCAACUCAAGAAGACAUGAUACCUUUAGGAACGUGGAGACGAUUUUCAUACCACGAGCUUCGUCAAGCUACUGAUGGAUUCAAUGAUAGUAGGUUGCUUGGUAAUGGAAGUUAUGGUGCAGUAUUCCAAGGGACUCUCCCGGAUGGGACGAUCAUUGCGGUAAAGGUCUUCAAGUUUGAGUUAGAAGGAGCUUUUAAGAGCUUUGAUGUUGAAUGUGAUGUUCUCCGCAACACUCGUCACAGAAAUUUAGUCAAAGUAAUAAGCAGUUGCUCUAAUGAUCUUAAUUUCAAAGCGUUGGUGCUUGAGUUCAUGCCUAAUGGGAGUCUUGAUAAAUGGCUGUAUUCCAACAACCAAUAUUUGGAUACCCUACAAAGGUUGAACAUAAUGAUAGAUGUUGCAUCUGCAUUGGAAUAUCUCCAUCACGGCAAUGCAACACCCGUGAUUCACUGUGAUUUAAAACCCAACAAUGUUCUAUUAGAUGAAGAUAUGGUUGCGCAUUUGAGUGAUUUUGGCAUCGCGAAACUCUUAUGUGAAGAGGUUUCAAUGAUACAAACCAUGACAAUGGCAACAUUUGGAUAUAUGGCACCAGAAUAUGGAAUGGAAGGAAUUGUUUCGACAAAAGGUGAUGUGUAUAGUUUCGGUAUUCUUUUGAUGGAAAUCAUCACAAGAAAAAAGCCCACAGAUGAAAUGUUUGCAGGAGAAAGAAGCUUGAAGAGUUGGGUGAUAGAGUCGAUAUCAUCUUCGCUAAAUCAAGUUGUAGAUCCCAAGUUGUUGAGCACCAUUGGAAGGGAAGAUUUAAAAGUCAAGAAUUGUGCCUUAUCCAUUUUGCAAGUUGGCUUAGAAUGUUGUGUGGAGUUACCAAAUGAGAGGCUUCAUAUGAAAGAGAUUGUUACACAGUUAAAGAAGAUCAAAGUGACGUUAUUAAGGGAUAUGGAACGAGUUCGAUGAAGAGGCAGUUGUUGAAUUGACUAAAAUAAACAUGAGUUCUCCAAGAUGCCCUCCUUAUUUGGCUCUAACCCUUCAUCCUCCGAUCCUGCAAACGACACCGUGCCUUCCCCUUCCUCUUCUUGUUCCUCCUCCUCCUCUCCGGACAUGUGGAAUUACUUUUUUAUCCCUAUCCUCCUCUGCCUCACCAAAGAACUCUCCCUUGCUAAAGCUCAAA